AUGGAAAUGGCUGCUUUUGAAAAGGAAGUUCUUAGGUUGAUUGAAAGCAAAGACAAGAAAGUCGGCAGGGAAACCAGCAAACGACUUACUCCUGACAAGCUCAAUAGGCGCAUCCAUGCCUUGAAGUUCUGGAAAGAGGGGGAUGGUACACUCAAUAAGAAGGAGUUCAAGCGUGAAUAUAGCGACUGCAGGAGCCUCGCCAGCCAAGGUUACUUGGUCAAGAAUCAUCCCUCGACUGGUGAAUCUCUUUUGUAUAAGGUUGAUCCCAAGUCCCACAAGGAGACCAGAUUUGUUGAUAUGCUUGAGACCUUUGAUAUAAUUGAAAUGAUCCAUCUCAGAGGCUGUCACUUGAAGCAUGAGACCAACCAUAUUUCCAUUCUUGAGUUGGGAUUCGGCAAUAUCACGCGUGCUGAAUGUGAAGCUUAUGUGAAAAAAGAAGAAGCUCAAAAAAUUUAG